GACUCCGAUGUUUAGCAAAUCACUACGUCUCUCGAUCUUGAUCUCGAUCUCUUUGGGAGAUCGCUCAGACUUUUGAGUUCCCCUGAUUGUCUUCUUCAUCUGUAUCACAAAACAAAACCUUCCAAUUUUGUUCGGCUUCCAAUUAUUUUCUCGCAGUUUUAGGUUAACACCUCGAUUCAACCCUACCGUCUCCGACCUACUGAUUUUUUCAAUACCGAUGGCAUCUCUUCUCUUGUAGAGUUCAUCUCGCGACAAAUUUUGAUCUCCGAAACCACUCUGUUACUCAUCUUCAUCCAGUUUUUUCAAAUCAUAACCAUGGCGAUCCGACACACAGUCACGUACUCCGGGUACGUGGCGCAAAACCUAGCCUCAUCAGCCUCCAGCAAGUUCGGAAGCUGCAAGCUCUUUCAAGAAUGCGUCACCCGAUCUCGAUUCUUCGGCCCCAACCAGAAGCCGGAAGUCGACCCCAAGAACUACGACUUCAGGCGGCCGAAGCCGAAUUGCUGGGCCAAGGAUUCGGCUUCGAUAUGUUCGACAAUCGCCGGUGAAAUACUAGGCGAGAAUUGUACCAGACCUCUAUUUUUAGGGUUGAUCUCGUUAUUGAAUCCGUUGGGCGGUGCUUCUUCUCAAAUGGGGGUUAUGGGAAUUUCUCCCCUUAGAGCCUCUUCAAUCCUUCCAUUUUUGCAAGGAUCCAGGUGGCUACCCUGUAACGAACCCGUUCCGAGAGCGAGUAAUGAGGUUGAUAGAGGUGCAACACGGUGUAGUGAAGCCCAAACCGUCAAAGCCGUCAGAGCUGUUUCCCAGAAUUUGGCGAACAGUUUUGCCGAAACCGAAGUCAAAGCCGUCAAAGCCGUUUCCCAGGAUUUGCCGAAUAGUUUUAUCUCUAAAGCCUCUCAGAGGAAUAAUUGGCUUUCCAAGUUAUUAGGUUAUUGCUCAGAGGAUGCAAAGGCCGUUUUCACGGCCUUGAGUGUCACUAUUCUUUUCCGAUCACCGUUGGCCGCUACAAAUUCUAUCCCCACAUCUUCUAUGUCACCAACUUUUGAUCCCGGUGACCGCAUUUUAGCAGAGAAGGUUUCUUAUAUUUUCAGAAGACCUGAAGUUUCAGAUAUUGUGGUAUUCAAGCCCCCUCCAUAUCUCCAGGUGGGCGACCAGGUCUUCGUAAAAAGAGUUGUGGCAAAGGCUGGGGACAUUGUUGAAGUCCGUAACGGUAAAUUGAUGGUGAAUGGGGAAGCUCAAGAUGAAGAUUUCAUUUUAGAGCCACUUAAGUAUGACAUGCCACCUGUGCUUGUACCUGAGGGUUACGUGUUUGUGAUGGGAGACAACCGGAAUAACAGCUUUGACUCCAAAAAUUGGGGUCCGCUCCCUAUCGAAAACAUCGUUGGUAGAUCUGUGCUUCGUUACUGGCCACCCACCAAAAUAACAGACACUAUAUAUGAAUCAGGUGCUGGGAAGAAAGCUCUUGAUGCUUCUUGACGCAUGACGCAUCCUCUGCUUGUGGAGGGAAAGAUAACAGAAACUUCUAUCCAGAUCCCGCAUAAAAUUAUUUUGCUCAUUUUCGAGCAGUUUGUGAAUAUUCCACCCUUUUCUGUCUUAUGCCUUUUUAUUUGGACUAGGCUCACCGAUCAGUGUAUCAUAGUUGGUGGUGACCAUUGCCGAAUCUGUGUUCGUUUAUUUGUAUCCGCUUCCAAAUUUUUUUGCUACCAAAAGAGUGGAAAAAGAUGGAAAGAAAUUGUUAUGUUUUGAAAUGUUGUUUUGAGAGAGCUUGUCAAAUGGCUGGAAGUUAUGCGGUGGUCAAGUAAGCAAAACUGGUUGCUACCCAAGUUUGAAGCGCUUCAUGCAGUCCAGGCCAUGAGACUAUGAGGUGGAACUCCAGAGCUAGUCUACGAACCUUAGAACUGUUAAAAUCGAGUUUCGUUCACACGAGCUAAUUUCAAGAGCUUGUGACCCUUGCGAAGAAUCCCUGUAAUCAAGGAAUUGGGUUCAUUUUGGGGAGUUCUCCAUUCAAGCUCGCUAGAUGCAUCGAAGAUUAGCUUGGAGUUUUGGACUGAUUUCUGGCCAUUGUAUUAUGAAUAAAAAAGCUAUUCUUAAUGGAAUGAUUUUUAUGAAA